AUGGACUAUUUCGAAGGUUUCGGCCAAAAAGCUGUCCCUGGAAUAAUGGACAAUUUGGCUACCGCACAGCGUACCAACCAAAGAAGAAAGAGCAGUGAAAAUGGUGUCGGAAAGAGGAGAAACUUGCAAAGGGAUCUAAUCAGUUCGCAACGUCUAGACGUUGUGAACUAUUCUAAUGUCGACGAUCCAAGAAAUAUUCAUGUGGAUAAAGCAAGUAACGCGAUUUGGCUUUAUUACAACGACAGUUAUGAAAUUUUCGAUGAGGAAAACGCAAGAAUGCAUCCCCAUAAUUUCGGUGAGGACUUGAAGAUUACGAUUAACGAUGAAAUGCUACGUCAAAAAGAAAGAGAAAUUGCAAAAAAUCUCCUGGUUAACAUUUGCCAACAACUAAAAGGAAUUCCUAGAGGAAUUCGAUUUAUGGAAAAAAGCAUACAGUUUAAAAAUUUCAACAAAAUGCUGCUGCAAGGCUUGGCGGAGCACAUCAUUGAUAGAGCCAGAAUAUCCACAUACUAUGCUGUGUAUUUCCUUUUCAUCAAGGUCGUCCUCAGAAAUUGGGAAACGAAAAUUGGUUCCAUCGAAAUGAAACUCCUAUUGGAGAUCUUGAAAAAAUCGCAUGAAUUUGCGAUUCAAAUAAAUGAAUUGACAAAAGUGCUAACGUCCGAUCGUGAAUAUCUAGAAGGGAUCAUGGAUGCCGCUCAAAUUAUUGCUAUGACCGAAGAGGAAAGAUCUUACCGUGCUCACUGGGCAACGGCAAUAAAUGGGCAAGAAAGGUCGGAAAGACCAAUUGAUGAUCACAUGAAGAAGGAAAUAAUAGUGAGAAUCAAGCGACGCAGCCAGAAAUUCAAAGAUCUUCACAAACUUCAAAUUCUCAAGGGCACGUGGAAAAUGAACAGCAAUCUCCAAAUGCCGCAAAUGAUCGAAAUCACUCUAUGUCGACAGAAAGUCAAAGAGCACAUGGUUCAAACUCAGAAAGGCUUCUUGCGAAUGGAUUACAGAGUCGAUCCAACGGUUUUGAAACGUAUCAAGAAAGAAAUGGAAGAUGGAGAAGAAUAUGGUCGUCCGCAAAAUCAAAUGCAAAACGGUUCUGCAAAUGAUGCUCAGCCCAGAUCAGAUAUGACAAAUACUGAAACUAGUCGAGUCAAUGAAAUGCGAAAAAAUAAUCCGAUUGAUGGAGUGACGCGGAAUAGCCGAUUCAACAUUGAUAAUUUGAUUAAGAAGGAAGAAGAUCCUUUUGAUAAUUCUGAUGAUGUCAAACCAUUCAAUAACAAUUAUGUUUCGUCAGCCUUCGGCACUGAAAAUAUUGCCGAUCGAAGCCAAUCGUCUAUGACACGACCAAUAAAACCUGAACCAUUGUUACAAUCUAGCUCAUUGUGGAUUCCACCCGUAGGCGUUCCUGAAACAACUAUUAGCCGAAGUGUGAACGAUGCAUCCGCGAAUAUUGCUAAUUUGGAGAGCCAGUUAAACCCACCACAGCGUCGUCCAAGAGGAAGACCACGUAGCGGUCCGUCACAAGCUAACGCUGUAGCCAGAAUAGCAACAACAACACCUCAAAGAGCCCCAAAAAACAAAAGAAAAAGUCCAGCAACUUCAAGGGCAAAAAAAAUAAAAACUGAAACCGCUACACCUGAGGAGGUUCAACGCAAUGUUGAUACGGUUAUGAUUCGCACACAAGAGAAACUUCUAAUGCAGGCUCUGAAUCAAUCAGGAGCUCAGUUAUCAUCUACGGAACACAAUCAAAGUUUGACCGAGCAGAAAGCUCAAGCGCUUCUAAAGCUAUCGGCUCAAACUCAACAAACACAGGCGCAGAAUCUUGAUUUACUUUGCCGCAUGCUGUUGCAGAAUGCUGCGAAUCUAGCAAUGCCAAAUACACAACCUCAGUUGUCACUUCCACCUCAACCUAUCUCUUCGCAAACAGCAAAUCAUCAUUUCCCACAAACUUUCCGACCAUCGCAACCAGCCGUUUUUCAAAGUCCAGCUGCUGAAACCGUGGCCCCGCUCUCCAAUAUUCUUCUUCAAGGACAAAUACCACAAAACGGACUUUUGCCACAAAUUCAGGGACGAUCAGAGUCUCAAGCCUCACUAGCAGCAAAUUUGGCACAGCUACAAUCAUCAAGGUUGAAUCAGUUGCAACUUUCCAAUCUACUGCAAUCAUGGCAAAAUCAGUCACAAAUCCAACAGAAUAAUUUGAUUCAACCUCAACCGACUGCAGUUACAACUCAAAGACCAAUUCCUGUGAAACCGCAACCAAAAGUUCCUCAUGAAUCUCAAACGUUGGGGUUACCACAACCCUCUUCGCAGUCCUAUCACAGGGACCUUCGUGCACACAUGGCUCUGAUGAAUGCAAAAACACAAGUUGCGCUAGGAAAUUUGAAUGCAGCAGUCACGUUGGCGAGAAGGCAAGAAGAAGAAAGGCAGAAAAUGAUUGCUGCUGCAAAUGCGAUGCAGUUAAUGCCUGCUCCUCUCCCCACCACUGUCAUGCCAGCAAUGCCGCCACCAACACCAGUGCCGCCUAUGCCAUUCAAUUCAUUCCUUCCCGUUCAAACGCAACUGCAGCCAAACCUUUUUGGAAAUGUUUUUCCAGUUCAGCCACCGAUCCCACAAUUGGUUCCACCACCCACGUCAUUUCCUGAAAUCGAAAUUGCACCAGGCCUCAGAAUUACCAGUUAUUUCGGUCCUUCGUUCGGAACUAUGAACCCAUACAAUCACGUAUUCAUGCACGUUCCAAAGUUUGACUUAUCAAAAGUAAAACAAGAAAUUCCUUCACCGUCUGACACUCCCGGUCCAGCUCGACAGUGA